GAGAAAUACACAUCGGAGUAAUAGAGAAGAAAAUGCCUGAUACGGAAAAAAUGGCGCGACAGGACAUCAGAAUGACAAAGCCCCUGACGGUGCUGAAGAGUAUUGGCCCAAAGUUGGUUCCUUUCUUCAAGACAGUGGCCAUCUUCUUUGUGCUUUUCGGUCAAGAGGAAAAGGAAUACAGCUACUCCAAAGUGUUCUGCUGCAUCGCCAAAAUCUUACCGAUCAUCUCACUGAUCCUGUUUGUCUUCCUGCAUGGUAUGAAUCUAACUGAGUACUACCGCUACUCACGAAGGAUCCUGAUUGGCUUAAUUUUCUCCUGCCUUGGUGACAUAUUCCUUGUUUGGAAAGAGACAUAUUUUGAGGCAGGUAUUCUCAUGUUUGCUGUAGCUCAGAUUUGCUAUGCCAGAGCAUUUGGUUGGAAGCCGUUCAACCCCUAUGCAUUAGCUGUGUUUACAGCGGUUGGAGCAGCCACAUAUUCUAUUUUGAGCCCCUCCUUGAAUGGAAUCCUGACCUAUCUUGUUGCGAUUUACAUAACAUUGAUUUGCAUUAUGGGAUGGAGAGCCGUUGCAAGGGUGAGAUUUUUCGAUGAUCUGGUCACCUGGACGAAACUCUGCGGAUGUGCAGGUUCGAUUCUUUUCAUGAUAUCUGAUAUCACCAUUGCAAUAAAUAAGUUUGUGAUGCCAUUGCCCUUUCACCACCAAAUUAUCAUGUUGACAUACUAUGCAGCUCAGUUGGGCAUAACGUUAUCAGUAGUCGACAGUCAGGUGGAUGUUAUUUUACAGCCAAACCUAGAAUAGGAUGGAGCAGAAUCACCAUACAAUGACCAGUCCACAUGUUUAAAAGCCAAGACCGAUAUUAAAGUA